AAAAAUGACCUGUAAAAUUGUGAUUUAAUUUUCCUCUUUUAAUUCAAAACGUUAACACAUUACGCUGGUAUAUGUCUGCAGACCGCACUACAUUAUAAAGUACGGUUGGUGAGGUGCUUUUGUAGUCAGCUUGAGUCUAUAAGUGCUUCAUAUUCUGACACACAAGGGCACGUGUACCACGGCACGUGCACGUUGCUGUGGAAUAAGUUUAUUUUGUUAUGGUUAGUCAAAUUCAAAAUGGGAUCUGACGCGCCGUACUGCUUGGCCAUCGAUAUUGGCAGUUCCAGCAUCAAAGCGGCUGCGGUGUAUGACGGCGGCAGUUUUCGAAACUUUGAAAUCGGAUUCAACAACAAUCCCACCGAGUUUCCGACGUAUUUAGCAGUCACUCAUUCUGGCGCUGUCCUCAUUGGCGAAGAGGCGAAAGACCAUUCCACAAUUGAACCUCAUGAAACUUUGACCAAUAUUAAAUACCUGUUCAACCGUAAACUGGAAAGGAUGACCCUUCCGUUUCCGGUUGACAGGUGUGGCGGUCAAGUCAGUGUACGCGUGCAACAUCACAACCAACGACUGAAUGUGCCGGCGCACGCCAUAUACGGCGCCUUUCUGGCAGCGGCAAAAGAGCGCGUCGAAGCCAUCCUGGAUCAACAGUGCUUAACCGCGGUGGUGACUAUUCCUUCCGAUUUUUCAAACGAACAAAAAAUAGCCGUGGAAGGUGCUUCACGGUUAGCGGGAUUUACGCAGGUGGAAACCAUGAACGAAGUCAUUGCGGCCGCUAGUUAUUUCUACCAUAUGCGCAACCUGCAGAACGAACAGUUUGUAAUUGUCUGCAAUUUCGGGGCAUCCUCGUCGGAAAUAGCUCUGGUUCAGAUCUGUAAUAACAACGAUUUUGCUGUCCUGCGACGACAGACCUUGCUGGAUAUUACCGGCGACGCACUGGACGAAAAAUUAUUAAUGCACUGCUUGCGAUCCAUGAACACUAGUGCCAUACACUCAGAUAGAAGCAGUGCAGAAUCUUUAAAACAGAAUUUGAGGUUACAAUGCGAAGCAGCCAGAAUUUCACUGAGCAACAAAAGGGAAGCAUCCGUGGACGUUGGUAGUGUAAUGGGCACGGAGAGCUCUUCCAACGUACCAGUGGAUCGUGAAUUCUUCGAGAGCAUGUCGGAUUUGUGGACGGCCUUGAGAAACACUUUAAGAGACAUAUUGCAGCUGGCGGUGUCGAAAACGAAACGACCUAUCCAUAUCAUCUUAACCGGUGGUGUCAGUCGGACGCCAAAGAUUAGAAGUGUUAUUGAGGAAUGUUCUCAAGGCAUGAACGUGCAGAUAACAACUAACGUGAACCUGUGUAAUAAUGCGGUCGUGUACGGUGGCGCUCUGCGGGCAAAAGCGGCUUUCCCGGAAGAAUUUUGUUAUAGCGUAAAUCGAGGACCGGAAGAACUCAAUCUCCAAGAUCGAAUCUGGAGAACUCUCGAAUCCGCACCUCUUGCACCGGAGUCCGGCUUCGGGGGUUUGGAACAGCUGAGUCCGACACCAUCUCGUCGGUCUGGUGUUUCCAGUCGAAGCACAUCGUCAAACAAUACCAGUUCCAGUUCAAUAUCCAGGGCCUCCCAACAGCCUGAUAUUUUCCGGUUUAUUGGAAACGAAUUACUGACUACAGAACGAAAAUAUGUCCAAGAUUUAUAUUUCAUAGUUUCCGAAUGCAUGCCGUACUUUCAACAGAAUGAGCUGCUUGCUCCCUCUGUUAUUGGAAGGCGACACUUGAUUUUUGCAAAUUUGGAAGACAUUUAUCUUUUUCAUCGCAUAUUCUUAACGGACAUGGAAUCCUGCGAACUUACUCCUUCCACCAUUGGACAUCUUUUUUGUCGAUAUGAACAAGAAUUUGAGAAGCAUGCGCUAUUCUGUCGAAAACAAGCAGAAUCUACCCGGAAAGGAUUGAUUGCGGCGGCGAAUCGGUUCUUCGAGGACCAGAAAUUCGUUUUCUCACGAGAGGAUGGCGGGUUAGGCACAUGUUUAACAAAACCUUUUCAACGGUUGGUGAAGUAUAAAGAGUUUCUCAAAAGGCUGAUUACAAAAUGUCUUGAAGCUGGGCUCAAUGAGGAUCUUCCUGUAUUACAAGCGGCUUUGGAGAAAAUGGAAUUCUUUUUGCACCAUGGAGACGAUCUCGCUCAUCAAGAUUUAAUUGUGGAUCAUGCCGGUGUUGCCCUUAAUCAGCAAGGAAGGCUCUUGCGCCAAAAUGAAAUGUUAGUAGUGGUCGGUCGCCGAAGCCGGCUUAUGCAGCGGCCGCGGCGCCGAGUAGUGUUUCUUUUCGAAAACAUGAUCAUCCUUACAAAAUGGAAAGCCGGCAAUGAGGACAGGUGUUUGAAAUACAAAAGACAUAUCAGAACUGAUGAGAUCGGUUUAGUGGAGGAUCCGAACGCAUCGAACGCAUCGGUCUUUCAAGUUUUCAUUCGAACCACUCGAGAUGAAAACAUUUUCGAGUGCGAAGCGAAAGACGAAGAAACAAAACGCUCAUGGGUGAAGGAUAUUAGAAGGAUCUUAGAAAUACAAGCCACCCACCAUGCGCCACAGAGACUCCAAAGAAGGCCAGUUCCCAAGUUAAUAGACCGCGCCAAUACAAUUCAUGUGACGAAUUUUCCACGUGAGGAUUAUAACAAUGGGAGUGAUGACCACCUGACCCUAUACUAUACCAACCGGCACGCCAUGGGCCUAAUAAUCGUGGUUCACUUACUCUACCAGAUGAUGUGCGUACUGAACUGCAACAACGAUUGCAACACCAAGGUCAAGAUCGUAACGCACGAAAUCGCUAUUUCGAAGUUUAGCAGCACAUAUCUUUUGCGCACAGUAGGUGUCCUCUGUACGCGCCUAUACAAUGACUUCUGUUUUUUGUACUCGUUGAUCUAGGACUGCAUUGUAUAACUACCGUAAUUUGAUAUUGAAACUAGCAGCGUUGAUGUGAUAUUAAUUUUUGCUUUUAAUGAACCGAAGUUUCGAUGUUUUGUCACAGUAAGUGAGGUAAAACAUUUGCUAUGUCUUAUAGUUAAUCAGAGUUGUUCUGUGAACAAUUGUAUUCUGUGCUAUCUGAAAUUUUUGAUAGCAAAACAAAAAUAAAAAGCGACUG